AUGCGCGACAACGCUGCUAACGUCGACUCCCCGGAUGGGCCCAGAACUCCCUUAAGGAGCGCCAGGGCCUCAUCCAACCCUCUUCAAGACCAUGCUCUACCCUCGGCCGAGUUCACCUUCUCCUGCAGCCCCUCAUCUACGGGUAGAUUGACCCCGGUAUCCUCCGUAGAUGGCUCGCUUGAUCCCCAAGUCGAACAACGCUCCCUCACACCAAACACUCAGUCCCUCUUCCAGAACUUGCGCCUGAGCGAAACCAUGAGACAUCAAAAUCAUGCCUCUGAGACUAACCCUAGCAGUGGCCCAAGAGAGUCCCGGCUGACCCCAAACGCUCAUCAUACAACCUACCGUGACCUCUACAAUGCCACUCCUAGUCCAGGGGUUGCUCCUUCCACAGAGCCGACCCAACGGCUACCACAGACGCCAGUGUCUCCACUGGGCGUUGUAAACGCUCACUUGCAGAACCUGAACUUAGCGGACUCAGGGGAUCCGGGACUCAGCGAUUCAGACCAUGAUAACGAUUCUGAAUCUGCCGAGGUCUCACUGCCUGACAAUAACAGUGAUGACGAUGAUGUCAACGACGAUUAUCUCUACAAUAUCCGCCAGGAGGAACUUCCCCAGGUGCCUAUCUACGACAUUCGGCUCCAGACUGCCCUGCGGAACGUGAGAGGCCAGCUCGCAGACCUGGCGCAAGUUAUGAGUAGGCGCGAGCUGGCGCAAGACCCCACGUCCGCCUUUCAUGAAUUGUAUAAACAGACGCUCGAAGCGAGCGGGUUCGCAUAUCCCGCCACGCGGACUGUUGGAUUUAUUGGCGACUCGGGAAUGGGAAAGAGUAGUCUCAUCAAUUCUAUCCUUGAUCAAGAGGGUCUGGCUCGGUCGAGCGGAGACGGAGCUGCGUGCACCACCGUCGUUACAGAGUUUCGAAGUGUGAACGAGGAGCAUCCGCAAAAUUAUACCGUCGAAGCUGAUUUCAUGGAUAAUGCCGAGAUUCGAGAGCUUCUUGAGGAGCUCCUCUCAAACGUCAGGAAAUAUUACACGGAUGCCUAUCGGGAAGUUGUUGACGCAAGAGAACAAGAGAACAUAAAGGCUGCUGCCAAGAGAGCCUGGGACACAUUGCUCUCACUUUUCCCUAACCAGCCCGGACUUGACCUUGACUUCCUUUCUAGGGACGGAGAAGAUGCGGUAGAGUCGAUUGUGACCACAUUGCAAGAGUGGGCAAUGGCUGGUCUAGACCACCGUCCCGGUGGACGCGACAGUCUUCGGUAUACCGUUGUGGCUCGCCAUGCCGAUGGGUGUAUGGAGCAGCUGGAUAAUCUUAUGGCUGAUUCGAGGGAAGGUGAUAGGCCGGCUAUAUGGCCUUUUGUCAAGUUGAUCAGGGUCUAUUUGCGAUCGCCUGUUCUGCGCACUGGUUUAGUCCUGGCUGACCUCCCUGGCUUUCGGGAUCUGAACUAUGCUCGAGAACGAGCAACAGAAAGGUAUCUUCGUCACAGUUGCGACGAGGUAUUCAUUGUUAGUACCAUCAUUCGUUGUACGACGGACCAGUCGAUUGGCGAUAUCAUUCGCCGAUGUGCACAAGGUCAACCGAUACGGAUCGUUUGUACUCGUUCAGAGGAUGUGGAUGCUAAAGAGACGGCACGGACAUCCUCUGCGGGUGACGCCAGACGCAUCCUCGAUCUCGACAACCGAAUUCAGACCCUCGAUAAAAGAAUCAGGCAUACGCGGUCCCGUCGACGACAAGCUAGCGGAAGUAGAAAUCAAAAUCUCGCUGCAGAGGAAACUACCCUUCGACUGAAGCGGUUCCUCAUUUUAAGACGGAAUAGGCGCGUAACCGAGGCUUUAUCGCGUGCCUGGAAAAACCAAGCCCGAAUAUUUUGCGUGAGCAACAAGCUCUACGCGGACCAUCGUGCAAACGAUCAUGAGCAAGCCAAUGGAUACCUCGAGCUCAGUGGCAUCACGGAGCUUCGUCGCUAUUGUCAGUCCGUUCCGGCAGAUGCGCAGCUUCGUGCAACGGAAUCAUUUCUGCAAAAUCAAGUACCCGCGCUUCUAGGUUCUCUAACUCAGUGGGCAUUAGCGGGUUCUGAUUCCGUUACUGCAAGCCGGGCUGAAGUCCUGCGCGAUGCCUUGAAAGAAGCCGAACAGACUCUCCAACGGUUUUCCGAGAGGUUUCAUAAUAACCCCGGCGCAGGCAACUCUCGGAACACUUGGAGAGAUGAUGCAGUCGGCGCGAGCAGGGAGUGGGCAACCUGGCACCAUUCGACGUACACCGCUUGGUGUCGCAACUAUGGGACGCACCAAACGGCGAAGCAAGACUAUCGCUGCUGGAACGAAGAAAUCCUCGGUCAUGGAAGUGAUCAACUCUCCACCAGAUGGGAUACCAUGCUUGGUUGGCUUGAAGAGCAGAGAGAUGACCUUGACGAGGAACUGUCUAGUAUUUUUCAGCACGUUUGUGACUUGAUUGAAGAACACCAUGACAUAGCACCGGACAGUCUGGGAAAUUUGCGCUUGAAUAUUAAAACGCGGCAAAGAUGUAUACUAGACGCCAUCCAUAGCUCCUUGGAUGACCUAAUUUAUGCUACUGAGAAAAUCAAGUCCGACGCAAUAGGCGGCCACGCUAGCUCCUAUAUUGCAGGCGUCAUGCGUCCGGUGUAUAACGCCUGUAGGGAGCAAUAUGGAACGGGCAGCGAUGCCAGACGCAAGCAAACCAUGAACCGACAUCUUUCAUCCUCUGCUUUAUUUUUACAGUUCUCCAACGCACUGACUGGUGACUAUCGUGAGCUUAUUGAGAGGACUUUUGAUCAGCUCGAUCAAAAGCUUCGGGAAGAGAUCGCGAAUAUUACUAGGGAUUUGCGAGCUUCUCUCACAGUAGAGGGACAGACAUCUGAGGCUGGGCAGGACCCCCAGCACACAGAAGAGUUAAAGCGGAGGAGAGGGUUCGAUCGCAACGUUAGGGUUAAGUUCAUUUUCGUGGACAGCGCACCGACUCCGGGGCAGGAGUUCCUCAUUAACGACGUGAAGUAUCAGAAAAGCCUCAAGCAGACAGGGGGCUUUCAAACCAAUCAAAAGGCAUUCGCCAAAGUCCUAAGUCGCUUGUCUGAACUUUCUGGGGUAUCGUAUGAGUUUGAUACGCAGAGUUUCUGGCGUUCAAAUCCUGACUUUCCCAACAUCCUCCAGAGUCUCGUCGAGCGUUACAGGAUUCUUGGACCCCAUAUGUCCCCGGAGACAGGCAAGUUGGCUAUUCGCGCGCCAUGCCCACACAAAGAUUGCGGACUAGCAGACAAGCACGGCAUCAACAAUCAGUAUCAUGCUGACGGUCGAAUCACUUUCGUGUGUCCUGAUCACGGAGAGCACCAUAUAGACCUGACAUCACCUCACGAACUCGAGCGGAUCGAGUUCAACACACCACUCCGCAACCUGAUAAGGAUUCUCCUCUGCAGCGUUGAUACGGACACCUCAUGGAUCAUGUGUACUGGAUCUGACUACUCGGGUUUCUACCAGGAGCAGCUGACUUGGAGGCUGCUGGAGCAUCCUGAAAAUGCUCCAGUCAUCUUCUAUACUCCUUUGAUACUCGAUUGGUCCGGAGCCAAAUUGUCGAAAAGCCUGUAUAUCCGAGAAAAUGGAUACAAAUACUUAAUCGAUGCCGGCCGUCAGUACUUGCUGGAUGCUGACUCAUUUCUGGAGAUCGAGGGAGGAAUUGAGGCCCUUUUUGAGGAAGCGCAAGACUGGGUUGACAAGCCGUACAAGCUCUUCCGGAACUACACUGUCGAUUACAUAGAUAUGCAGCUGAUAUCAAGGGGAAUGCGCCUACUUCGCCACCCAAAUUAG